AUGAAUUCAACAUAUUAUGGAAGGAUGUCUAUUACAUCAUAUCGCUAAAAUGAUAUAGACUUUGAUAAGUACAAGAAAAAUAUCGAAGCUGAAAUACCUAAGAGCUGGCUUGGGUUUAAAUACUUAACUUAAUUAGAAUAGAGGAAAGAAUAAGUUAUCAGCAAAAUUGAGAAAUAUAUAUCCAAACUUAAAAGUGCCAAUGGAGAUCUUAUCCUUUAAUGUGAAUUCACGUUUAAUUAAAACUUAGAUCUCUUAAUUAAAUCAUCAGAUAUCAGAAGAGAUUUUAUAGAUCAACUUCCCCCAAAUGUAAAUCCUGGUGUAAAAAUUAAUUAACCGGAUUUGCUAACAGCUUUGACCCAAAUAAAAACCUUUUUGUAUAAGGAAUGUGCUGCUUGUAAAGAUGAGCUUUAUAAAAAUUAAAAAUGUAAUGGAGAUAUUUGGAAUUAGGCUGGGUGGAUUUUGUAAAAUAAUAACGAAAAGGAAGGAGAAAACUACUAGAAAUUAGUCGAAAAGUACAGAAAAAGUAUGGUCAAUGCUCUAACUAAUCCUAAAGUUGAUUAAGAGUAAUAUAUAGAAUUUCAGAGUUAUCUUAUCCACUACUAUUAGUAUUUUGAUCAAUAUAAUGUCAAUUAAAGAAGCUAAAUCUGUGAAUAAUUUCUAUAAUAUUUGAAUUUGUUAGAAAAUAAGGAGGAGCUAUCACAAAAAUAUAAUACAAAUUUUAAAAAUAAUUCGUUAAUGAUUUAACCAAAUAAAACCUUUGUAGUCAAUCUACCAGCUCCGCCAUAAUUUUAAAUAUCAAUUCCUAAAUUUUUAUGGGGUGAAAUUUAAAAAUAUGGCUUAUAAGGAUACAUAAUUUAUAGAAUGAUUGAAAACUAAGAAUUAAAUUUGAAUUAUCAAGUGAUUGACAAAAUUUUUCUAUCUAAAGUUAGGGAAUAAUAAUAAAGGUACCCUGGAAAUGUUGGAAGAAAGAAAUGA